UCGGGCUCGGGCUCGGGCUCGGGCUCGGGCUGGGAGGCGGGGUCCGUGGGCGAGGAGCGGCCUCGAGCAGCCGAGUCGCCGCCGCCGCCGCCGGGGCCCGGGCGCUCCGCUGGACCGUGGGGCGCCGGGCGCAGCAGCCGCCGGCGGAACAUGGCGCCGUGGACGUUCUGGCGCUGCUGCCAGCGCGGCGUGGGCUGGGUGCCGGUGCUCUUCAUCACCUUCGUGGUCGUCUGGUCCUACUACGCGUACGUGGUGGAGCUGUGCGUGUUUACUCUCUCUGGAAAUGGAGAAAACGGAAAGGCCGUUGUUUACCUUGUGGCUUUCCAUCUGUUCUUUGUUAUGUUUGUAUGGUCCUAUUGGAUGACAAUUUUCACAUCUCCCGCUUCCCCCUCCAAAGAGUUCUACUUGUCCAAUUCUGAAAAGGAACGUUAUGAAAAGGAAUUUAGCCAAGAAAGACAACAAGAAAUUUUGAGAAGAGCAGCAAGGGACUUACCUAUCUACACCACAUCAGCUUCAAGGACCAUCAGAUAUUGUGAAAAAUGUCAGUUGAUUAAACCUGACCGGGCACAUCACUGCUCAGCAUGUGACAUGUGUAUUCUUAAGAUGGAUCAUCACUGUCCUUGGGUGAAUAACUGUGUGGGAUUUUCUAAUUACAAAUUCUUCCUGCUGUUUUUAUUAUAUUCCUUGUUAUAUUGCCUUUUCGUGGCUACAACAGUUUUACAGUACUUUAUAAAAUUCUGGACGAAUGAACUCUCUGAUACUCGUGCGAAGUUCCACGUACUUUUCCUUUUCUUUGUGUCCACAAUGUUCUUCAUCAGCGUCCUGUCACUUUUCAGCUACCACUGCUGGCUAGUCGGGAAAAACAGAACAACAAUAGAAUCAUUCCGCUCACCCACAUUUUCAUAUGGACCUGAUGGAAAUGGUUUUUCUCUUGGAUGCAGUAAAAAUUGGAGACAAGUCUUUGGUGAUGAAAAGAAAUACUGGCUACUUCCAAUAUUUUCAAGCUUGGGUGAUGGUUGCAGUUUUCCAACUCGCCUUGUGGGGAUGGAUCCAGAACAAGCUUCUGUUACAAAUCAAAAUGAAUAUGCCAGAAGUAUUGGCUCAAAUCAACCCUUUCCCAUCAAACCGCUUAGUGAAUCAAAAAACCGAUUAUUGGACAGUGAAUCUCAGUGGAUAGAGAAUGGAUCUGAAGAAAGCACUGUCAGAUCAGGGACAAAUAACCAUGUUACAGUGGCAAUAGAAAAUUGAGUACCACUUGUUCAUAACUAAUCAUUUGAAUAAGAGAAAGGUGUAUAAAAACGUAUUAUGGACUGAUAUUUUCAGUUUUAUUUGGAAGAAAAUGAUCAGUGGAAUGAAAUAAUUGAAAUAUGACAGAAGAUAUAUUUUUUAAAGAAGGAAGCCUUUGUGCAGAUCGCCAGAUCCACAGGAGCACUACUCCAGAGCAGGAAGAUGCCUUAAUCCUAAAUAUACCCAUUUGUGCUACAUCAACUUACUGCUACAAAAGUGACUUCAUUUUACUUUGGAAAUAACACUUUUGCUGUUAUGAGAUGCUACAGUAUGAGCUAUCAAGUCACAUGUUAACAUGGCAUAUGUAUUUUUUUGACAUUAGAGUUGUUUCUUAGUAUCCAUAUAAAUUUUCACUCCAGAAACAAGCUGAAAAGUUAUCUUAUGUGAAGUACAUGUAGGGCGGUAAGGUGGCUGAAGGUGAAUAAUAAUAUUCAUCUACUUUUGCUUGUACUGUAUAAGGAAAAGGAAAUAACUUUUUUUUAAUUGGGUGUUUGCUAACUUAUAAUUACUGUUUUAUACUUUUCAACAUUUAUAAUAAAGUUUUUUAUUGUUAACUAUAAAAUAACACUCAGAAAGAUUCAGAUAUCUAAAUAUAAUUAUUUAAAGCAUGGAGAACAUUUGUAUAAUUCAUUGAUGGCUUAGUUCUAAGCAUUAAUACAACCAUGUGAUGUAGUGUUGUGCCCAAGGCUUAAAGGAAACUUGGCAGUAUAGGAAAUAUUUUUGGUUCCCUCUACUUUUAAAUUACUUUUUUGUUGAACUUUCAUGGGUAUUUUUAUGGGCAGGGAGACAAAAUAGAAAUAUUGGACACAGUAAGAAUAGUGGCAGUGGCUAGAAGAAAAGUAAAGAGGAAUAUAGGCAGGUAUUGUAAGCUGUUAAAAAUUAUUUCUAGGGGUGCCUGGGUGCCUCAGCGGUUGGGCGUCUGCUUUCAGCUCAGGGCGUGAUCCUGGAGUACCAGGAUUGAGUCCUACAUCAGGCUCCCUGCAUGGAGCCUGCUUCUCCCUCUGCCUCUGUCUCUGCCUCUCUCUCUCUCUGUCUCUCAUGAAUAAAUAAAUAAAGCCUUAAAAAAAUUAUUUCUAGUCCUAAGGUAUUUAGAAUGCCAAAUCCUUGGUUUUUCAAAUGUCAGUUUAGGUGAUUACUGGCAAUUACUUUGAAAUGUUUUACAGCAUUCCUUUAACAGCUUAAACAGUGACUUAAAAGGCAAUUUGAACAAGAGUAAAACUGCCUAGUGUAAUUUCUUCUUUCUGGAAAGAAAUUCUAACUGAAGUAUCCAGUCUCUGAGCAGUGGAUUCCACUUUUACUUGCAGAAUUUUAAAUCCGACUUCCUAAAUAGCAGCCCCUGUCUGCCUGGUGGACCUGCAUCUCCCUUUUCCUCUUGAAAUGCAAUCUAAGCAACAGAAAUUGUAGCAUUAAUUCUGAGGGAAAAUACUGUAUCCUGUAAAGGAGAAACAAGGUAGAAAUGUUAUUCCUUACUUACCCUGUCUAGUCAAAUAUACACACAGAGAUCAAAAUAAUUGAUUGCUUCCUGUAUUGGGUGGAGAGAAAUCUUAACCCGCAUCUGUAAAUAUCAACUGAUACAGUUUCCCUGUCUGUAAAUGGAAUUGGGGAGAAAGGGGUGUUAUGCAUGAGUUGGACUGGAUGACCUCUCACAUUCUUUGAUUCCUGAUUUUGCAAAAGUAACCUUACAUUUCAUUCAUCAAACAAAUAUUCUGUGUGCCAAACAUAUGCUAGGGAUAGCUCUGUCAUUUCCUAAUGUAGCAUAAAUUUUAUAGUCAACUAUUCCAGAUACUCACCUUAGAGGAUUUGUCUAAUUAUGUUGGCUAUACUAAUAUUAGAUUUUAAAAGGAUGUAAUGUUUUUUUCCCUUGAACCAAAGGAAUGAGUUAGCUUUGAAAAUACAGUUUGGAAUACUAUUAUAAUGAUUCUUGUACCUUUAUUUCAACUUUGUUGUCCUAAUAAUCUUGACUCUAGAAAACUUCUAAGUAUGAGAGCUAAGCGAUAACAAAACAUCACUUCAUUUUGGCAUUUUGUGUAUUAUAAGGAAAUUGUGAAUGUUUAAACCUACUUAACUACUUUCAGAAUUGUUCUGGUACUUUUUGUGAGUAUUUCUAGAUUUAGAUCAAAGGAUUUGCAUGCACCUGAUUAACAGUUGAGGAAACAAGAAUUUCCCCUUUAACCUAUCCAGGCACUUUUGUGGUGGUAUAUCUUUCUCUUUUAGGUUGUAUUUCACAUCAUCUUUAAUAGCAUAGCAAACACCUUUCCAGAAAUUUUCACUUAAAGCUUCUUGCUUUAGUUACCUUUGCUUUAGUUUAUGGCCAACAUUUUCCCAAAUGCUAAAUAUUUGGCUGUUUUUUUCAUACAUAUUAAUGGUUGUUCAGCAAGGGCCUACACGCAGUAUGGGAGUCAGGACAAGGCUGCCUCUUUGGUAUUUCAACUGGUAUUGACUAGUUCUGUCACCUCUUUGCAAGAGAAAAGGUCAAAUGAAGGCCUUCAAAAUGUACUAGUACAUCUUUGGUCCAUCAAAUACUUUGAAUAGUUGUGGUGUGAUAUGUAAGGAAAAUAAAGUUGAAUUUCAGGUCUUGCCAUUGCCAUUAAAGACAAAUUCCACAAAGUCGCGGUUUUACCUGGGUACAGAUUUACUUGAAUAUUCAGUACCUGAGGCAUCUGACCAGUGUAACUAUGCCAAACCAAAGAGCAGCUGCAGUACAAUAGUUAUUAAACACGAACACGUUUACAGAGUUUAGUUCCAUCUUUACGUGUGGAUGAUUUUUUAAAACCUUUUUACAUAUUGAAUGGUUUUGAUCCAAUGUGUCAUAAGUGAAUUUAACUGUGUAAGGUUAGGUUAAAUCAAAUAUGCAAUGUUUACUUGAAUUUUAUUUCUUUUAGAAAGAUUCUGACUAUGUUUACAGGAUUGUUCAAAUUAAAGAUUAUCAGACACAUGAGAUGUCCAUUCAAUAAUCUUUAAAGCAAAUGUAUAUUAAGGGCUUAGUGUUAGGAUCUGUAUAUUUGGGGCACUGAAUAGACAGUGACUUACAAAUAUGUUUUGCUUACAUUUUGUUCUAGGACUAGCACUGCUAUCAAUGGAAACUAUUUUUAAAAUAAUCUGUUACUAAGAAAUUAAUCAUAUUUUUGCAUUUCAGCCAAAAUAAAGAUCAUAUCUAAUAAUUUGUAAGAUAUAAUAUGUAAGCCUGAAAUCCAUGUGUGUUUCAUAUGAUCUGAACUGUAUUUUCCAAUCUAAAUUAAAAAUGCAAUAUAGAUUCAGAAAGGUCCAUAUUUUUCUAAUGACAUCAUUUUAUAUUUUGUUGGGUUGCAUAAAGAAGCAAGGAAUUGUAUUUGUACUAAAAGAUUAAGAAAGCUAUUAGUCAAGUUUAUUAUAUUUGUACAUGAUUGCAGAUGAGGCUAUACCCAUUUCAAAGAAAAGAUGGACACUAUUUUCAAGUAAUCUUUAAUAUGUUUUUAUAGACACGAAUUUGAAAUACAGUUUACUUUGGUUGUCUUUACUUAUCAAGUACUGUAAGUCUUGUAUUUGUUUCUCAUAAGUGUAAUCUUGGACCAUGACUUCAUGUUAAGUCUUUGCUUUGUCUUUUGGAUGGCCUAACCUACAUUAACAUGAAGGCUGAACAUUUUUAAACUUUUUUUUCAAAAGUCAUAAUAAUGAUUUACUUUAUUAAUAAACAAAAUAAAGUCCUGAAAGAACA